ACAGUUCUUGGUUCCUAUGGCACUCAUAAACCAGGCCAUCUGCUAACCACGCCACCUCUUCAUUCUUAGCCACUUCACCAUAACACUGAGGAUAAUGUCUUCAUCAUUGAAGUUGGAGGGUCUCAGUAAAGCCUCCAGCCCUAGCGAUGAUGCGCCCGCCGCCACCGUUUAUCCGCUCGGCGAUGAGGAGCAAAAAAGUUUGACGAAGGCAGCACUAUCGCACAUCAAUUCGAUGGUCCACCAUAUUAACGACCACCCGGACCAACCUUUCCGUCCGCCCCCAGAGUGUCCAGCAAGUGACGUCUUCAAAGCCGUACGCGUUGGCAGCCGGAACUCCAAAAUGGCCUUGAUCCAGACCUCCUCUGUUGCAGCAGCCCUAUACAAAGCCCACCAUGGCUUCUUUACUUUCCCAGUUUCAACCCACAGCGUGCAGGGAGAUAGAGACAAAACCUCGGCAUUUCGGGACCUUGCUAAGGCACAUGGUAAUAAACAAACGGCUGCAGACACUGCAAAGAGUCUUUGGACUCUAGAAAUUGAGGCGCGGCUCCUGGCGGGUGACAUCGAUCUUAUUGUCCAUAGCCUAAAAGAUGUGCCGACCACUCUCCCCGAUGGCUGUGAGAUUGGGGCAUUUCCUCAUCGCAACGACCCCACUGACGCUCUAUUGGUUAAGGCUGGUCUUCCAUAUAAAUCUCUGGAAGAACUCCCAGCUGGGUCGGUAGUUGGGACAUGCUCUGUUCGUCGCACCGCUCAAUUAAGGCACUACUGCCCCCACUUGAUCAUCCAAGAAUGUCGAGGUAAUGUAGAUACUCGAGUGGCUAAAUUGGAUGCAAAUGACAGCCCUUACACGGCAAUUGUUGUUGCAGCUGCCGGCAUUGUUAGGCUAAACCUGGAACACCGCAUUACCCAACGCCUCUCGGGGCCAGCCUAUACAUAUGCUGUCGGACAAGGAGCUCUAGGAAUAGAGAUCCGCAAGGAGGACCAAAAAGCCCGAGAACUGGUCGCGUGUAUUGAUCACUGGCCGACACGUGUUCGCUGUCUGGCUGAACGUGCUCUUCUACGGUUCCUUCAAGGUGGCUGUUCCGCUCCCAUUGGCGUUCAUAGUGCCUUUGUACGCACCCCAGCUAAAGGUGAACCAAACGUCAAUGACAAUCACUAUGAAGGUACCCUGUAUCUUACAGGAACUUUAUUACAUCCAGAUGGCGGUAUGGAGAUUCGGGCUCAUGAGAAAGGGCAGGUCAAAUGUACUGCCGAUUCUGAGACCAUCGGGAAAUCUGUUGGAAAAAAGAUUCUUGAUCUCGGUGGUGCUCAGAUCCUGGAUAUCUUUAAAGCUAUGUAAACGAUGACUCGUGUGUUGGGCCGGGAAAUGGAUUACACAACCAAUAUGGAUUAAUGCAGACUAUAGGAUGAGUAGAAGUAGAUAUUUUUAUUACCCAAACAUAAAUAGUUUUUUCUUAUUGAAUGGAAGAGCCUUAGC